AUGGCGGCUUCUAUAACCUCAGCUGAGCGAUCUAGCAGCCUGAAUAAUGCCGUGGAGAUCGAAUUCGUUCCACCUACACCCAUGAACCCCGAGCUUCUCGUGGCGGCAUGCCACGGCUGCCACACGAAGCUGACGAGCCUCCUCAACAGCGAAGAUCAAGACACAGCCAUCGUCGUCGAAAUCGACCGGGGCACCAGCACCGCCGCGGCGAGCUCUCCAGCAUCGUCGUCGCCGUCGUUGCUCCUGCAAGGCGUCACCUCGGACGGCGACUCCGCGCUCCACGUGGUGGCCGCCGCCGGGGACGGCGACGGGUACCUGAGGAGCGCCGAGGUGAUCCACGGCAAGGCCAGGCACCUCCUGGAAGCACGCAACAAGGGGUGGAAGACGCCCUUGCAUUGCGCCGCCAGGGCGGGCAACGUCGAGAUGCUCACCCUUCUCAUCCGCUUGGCCGGAGAAGAGAGGGUGAGGGCGCUCCUGAGGACGGAGAACGGGGUCGGGGAGACGGCCCUUCACGAGGCGAUCCGCGCCGGCGACGUGCGGGCGGUGGACGUGCUGAUGACGGCGGACCCGUGUCUGGCCAGGGUCCCCGACGGCGGCGCCGGCUCCUCGCCGCUGUACCUAGCCGUCGCGCUGCGCCGGUAUGCCAUUGCACGGGACUUGCACAAGAGGGACAGCCAGCUGUCCUGCUCCGGACCGGGUGGACAAAAUGCCUUGCAUGCCGCGGUUCUUCGAAGCGAAGAGAUGACAAAAUUGCUUCUGGAAUGGAACAAGCAACUCACUAAACAGCAAGAUGAACAUGGAAACACGCCGCUGCACUUUGCGUUGUCACUAGAAAGUGUGACACGUGGAAUGCUUCCCCUCUAUGCAGUGCCAGUUAAAAAGGGAAAAGCUAUUGCAACACUUCUGAACAUAUCUGAACAACCAUUGGAACUUACCAGGCAAUUACUGGAAGCAGAUGCAUAUUCAGCAUUUCAACCGGACAGAGAAGGGUCGUUUCCAAUACAUAUUGCAGCCUCGGCAGGUAGACUUUCAGCAGUCAAAGUUUUGGUCACAAUGUUUCCUGGAUGUGCCGGAUUGUGUGACUCUGAUGGAAGAACUUUUGUUCAUGUUGCCGUCAAGAAGAAGAGAUAUAGUAUAGUUGCAUAUGCAUGCCAAACGCCGGCAUUGUCAACAAUUUUGAACAAGCAUGACAUUGAGGGGAACACUGCUCUACAUCUAGCUGUAGAGGUUGGGGAUUGGAUGAUUUUCGCUCGCCUGUUUGUCAAUAACAAGGUGGACUUCAACUUACCAAACAACAAGAAACAUACCCCGCUAGAAUUUUCUAUUAACACUAUUCCCACAGGACUGUACUGUCUCCUGGUAAUAUAG